CCAAUCGAUGAUCUCAACUCAAGUUUUCCUCCGCCAGCUUCACGAAGAGGCUCAAGAAACUCCUCGAGAAUGAUAAAAGUGUCGCCUAGGCUGAGCACUGUCGAAGUCUGUGGCGGGAGAAGGCACAAUGAACUAAACGCCAUUUAAGUCCUGACAAUGCGGUUCAAACAAAGAAGGCAGUGAUUUUGCGGUCUCGGUGGUUUUCUCUGCUGCUCCUGUUAGCCAGGGCUGGGUCCCGUUACAGUUGGGAGUCGGCGAGGCUCACCAAGAUGUCCACGGAGGAGCAGGAAUAUGCCGAAGCGGUGCUGGUGACAGAGGCCGGGCCGCAGUGGCUCCGAGCCGAGGUCGAGCGUCUUACCCGGGAGCUCCGAGAAACGACCCACGAGAAGAUCCAGGCGGCGGAGUACGGGCUGGCGGUGCUGGAGGAGAAACAGCAGCUCAAGCAGCGAUUCGAUGACUUGGAGACGGAGUACGAGACGGUCCGACAUGAGCUGGAUCAGCUGAAGGAGGCAUUCGGACAAGCUUACUCAACCCACAAAAAGGUGGCUGCAGAUGGGGAAAGCAGGGAAGAGUCACUGAUCCUUGAGUCGGCCAGUAAGGAGGCUCUGUACCAGCAGAAGAUCCUUGAGUUGCAGAAUGAGCUCCGACAGGCCAAAGUCUCCUUCAGCGGUAUACAGGCUGAAAAUGAGCGCCUGUCAGCCAUCUCUCUGGAGCUGCGAGAGAGUUCAGAGCUGGCAGAGCUGCAGCGUGGUCAGCUGCGUGAUGACAUCAGAGAGUACAAGGUGCGGGAGGCUCGUCUGCUGCAGGACUACAGCGAGCUGGAGGAGGAGAACAUCUCUCUUCAGAAACAAGCGUCUGUACUGAGACAGAACCAGGUGGAAUAUGAAGGUCUAAAGCAUGAGAUCCGCCGUCUGGAGGAGGACUCCCAGUGCCUACACAGCCAGCUGGAGGAAGCCAUGCGUCUGAGAGAAAUUGCCGAGCGACAGCUGACAGAGGCGCUGGAAACGAUUAAAACAGAGCGUGAGCAAAAGGCCACCUUGCGCAAGGAGCUCUCCCACUAUAUGACCAUUGGUGGCUCUGUGUACAACAGCUCUUUCAGCAUCUCCAUCGACAACCUAAAACACCACGACGAUCUUUCCGCCGCCAACGAGCCUGACAACGAUGAUCUGAUCAGAGGCUUUGAAAACGGCUUGAUCAAAAUGGGCGAAGGUGAUGAAAACAAGAGAGGAGAGGCUUUCAAGCCUGCUCCCAGCCUGGUGGACGACCUGCUGAGUGAGCUCAACAUCUCCGAGAUCCAGAAACUGAAACAACAGCUUGUGCAGGUGGAGCGGGAGAAGGUGACCUUGAUCAACUCUCUCCAGGAGAGCCAGAAACAUCUGGAGCAGGCCUAUGGCACUGUGUCUGAGCAAAAGGAGACUGUCAACAGGCUGACCGAGAACCUCAGCGCAAUGAGGAAACUUCAGGCCAGUAAGGAGCGCCAGUCUGCCCUCGACAGUGAAAAAGACCGGGACAGCCAUGACGACGGAGACUACUAUGAGCUGGACAUCAAUGGACCGGAGAUCCUGCAGUGUAAAUACACUGUGGCCGUGUCUGAAGCUGGGGAGCUGAGGCAGGAGCUGAAGACUCUGAGGGCAAAGUACGAUGAGUGCCGAACCCAGUAUGAAGAUGAGCGAGCACGGCUGGAUAGCGACGUCCACGAGUUGAGGUCCAAGUUGGCGUCCCUGGAGAAGAUAAGCCAGGCAGAUAAAGCAGAAGUGGCCCGCCUGGAGAAGGAGCUCCGUGUGGUCAGCGAGACUGCAGGAGAAUCACUCGGCAGCCUCAAUGUGGCCCAGGAUGAGCUCAUAGCUUUCAGUGAAGAGCUGGCCAAUCUCUACAACCACGUGUGUAUGUGCAACAAUGAGACUCCUAAUCGCGUCAUGCUCGACUACUACAAGCAAGGCAAGGCCAUAGUGAGAAGAGGGCAAGAAGGGAAGGAGCACCAGUCUUCAGUGCUUCUCACUAACGGUCUGAUCAGUGAGACUGAAAUGAAAAAGUCUAACUCAAGCAGCACUCCUGCUCCAGAGCAUCGGCCAGAACCCAUGAACAUCUAUAACCUCGUAGCUAUCAUCAGGGACCAGAUCUGCCACCUGCAGCAGGCAGUGGACCGCACCACAGACCUGUCGCGUCAGAGACUCGCAAACCUGGAGCUGAGCACAGUGGCAGACAAAGACAAAGAGGCUUGCAUGGAAGAGAUCCUCAAACUGAAGUCCCUGCUGAGCACCAAAAGGGAGCAGAUAGCCACUCUCAGAGCUGUGCUCAAGGCCAACAAACAGACGGCUGAGGUUGCUCUGGCCAACCUGAAGAGUAAGUACGACAGUGAGAAGGGCAUGGUGACUGAGACUAUGAUGAAGCUCCGCAAUGAACUAAAGGCUCUGAAAGAGGAUGCUGCUACGUUCUCCUCUCUUCGAGCCAUGUUUGCUACAAGGUGUGACGAGUAUGUGACCCAGCUGGACGACAUGCAGAGGCAGCUGGCUGCUGCUGAGGAUGAGAAGAAGACCCUGAAUUCUCUCUUGCGUAUGGCCAUCCAGCAGAAGCUGGCCUUAACGCAGCGCCUGGAGGACCUGGAGUUUGACCACGAGCAGGCGCGUCGCAAAACUGCCACAGCGGCGGGAGGCAAGGGGAAAACAAAGGGCAAGGGAGCCGCUUCCAACCAUCAUUAAAUCUAUGAUGCCAAGUGUCCUUAAGGAGGUCCGUCAGUGUGUGUGACACAGUCACCUGUGCUCCUGGUUCCUUCACUUUCUAAUCACGGUCCGGAUCACAUUAUCGUUAACACAAGAACAAAUCCAACAGUAUGCUUUAUAGUGCCAAAACACUUAUGUGAAAAAAAGAAACACUUUGACUGCAUAAAGAAUGACUCAUCGCAUCAGCUGCCCACUGCAGUCCCUUCAGUCUUCCAACAAUAUGCACCACUAUCAUUACUGAAAAAGAGGAAGAAUCAAGAUGGGUGUUGUGCCGAUUACUCAUUGCCUAUGUUACCCUGACUGAGCACUUAGGUGAUUCCCCUUUCUUUCUAAAAUCAUACUAAUUGUUUCAAGUGUCGCACAAUGUUUUUACUGGAUGUGCAUGUUUAUCUGACAGAUUCAUGACGACAUUUCAAGUGAUUCCAACAUGUUUUAUCUGUAUUUAUUUCAUAGCAACAAAAUCAUAGAUUAUUCUUUCUGUAAUUCUUUUAUAACCAGACCUUUCAACCAACUGCUUGAAAUCAAACAAAGAAGAGGAAAUCCCUUUUUCUGCCUUGUUUUUUCCUUUUUCUUUUUCUUUUGGCCUUAGAUUUAGAGGUGCCUUUUUGACAGCCUGUUUAUUUUCACUAUAUAAUCCUGCAAAUAUGGAGCUUCAUAUUCAGGGCGUUACCUAGAUUUUGUAUAAUUUGGCUCCUCCUUUGUACACAUGGCAGAGCUGUUACAAAUGAAAAGUAUGCGUUGUGACUAAAGAAAAGUAUUAAUGCCAAGCUUAUUUAAAGAUGUCUAAGUUAAGGUCAGAUGUUAAUAGUAUUCAUAAACUUUAUUCAUGAAGGAGAGAUUUUUUAAAAUGUCAUUGUUUUAAUACUAUUUGUAAACCUUUGAGUCCAUUGUCUGCAAACAGUAAGCCUGCUUUGUGUGUUUUGUGUAUACAAGUGCAAUUUGCAAACAUGACAAGGAAAAAAGCUAAAUGUCUAUGCUAUGUGAAAAUAUUUUACACAUUGUUGCUCACAUACUUGGUCCUAAUUGAUUUUAUAUGUUUUUACUAUAACUGCAAUUGUAUUUAUUUGACACUGUUCAGACUGCAGGAUGUCAUCAUCCUUUUUGUUUUAUAAAGGGAGCUUAAGUGGGUGUCGACAAGACUGAACUUGUGGCAAAACACUAGCAAGAUUCAUGACUGUGGGCUGCUGUCUGUGCUAACAGUUAUGGCUGGUGAUGAAAUAAAUCUAACUUUCACAA